GCGCACACGCAUCGAACAAGCAAAGGCCCUCACUCCUCCGUCUCACAGAUUAGGGUGUGCGCACAGCGAACGCACACUAGUUAUCCGUACUAUGAGGGGGAGAGCGACAGAGCGGCUCUUCUCACCGACCAUGUCCACCAGCGCCUGCUGCAGAGCUCAUGCUUUCUCUCUCUGUCCUUGUACCCACCCACCCAAAGCGGGGUUCAACUGCUGAGCAGGUCCGGUACCAAAUCCUCCUACUUUUUGCGGUCCUGAGGCCCGAAAGGAGGCACCUUGUUUGUUCUUUUCCCCUUGCCCAUCCUCGUUCGGGGCGGCUCAAGAAUCUUCGUUGUCGUCUCCGGUGCGUUCUCCUUGGUGUUCGCCUUCUCUCUAUGUGAUCCCAAGUGCUGGUGAGAGUGGACUUCCCUCGACAAUGGUGAGGCGACAUGGGUGGCAGCUUCCUGCGCAUAACUUCCAGGUUAUUGCUAUAACAGUGUUCUUUCUUCUGGUUGUUGCAUUUUAUGCCUUCUUUGCGCCUUUUCUAGGCAAAGAGAUCCUUGAAUAUGUUUCCAUCAUUGUUUACACUCCCCUGGCUUUAACUGUUUUUAUCUUGUAUGUGUGAUGCACCCGAAUUAACCCUGCUGAUCCUGGAGUUAUGCCAAAGUUUGAAAAUGCAGUAGAGAACGAACCAUGUUUGCAAGACGUGGGUAUGAAUUCAAAGGAGAUCCCAAAUUGAAUCCUAUAAUGGGGCCACGAAGGUCUUCUGGUUGCUGUGGUUCUAGUGGGUUUAUAUGUGCAUUAUUUGCUAAAGAAGAUUGUCUCAAUCAUGAAGAAAUUGAACCUGGUGGAGAGGAUGCGUUGUUCUGCACCUUGUGCAACGCUGAGGUGCGCAAAUUUAGUAAACAUUGCAGAAGCUGUGACAAAUGUGUUGAUGGGUUUGAUCACCAUUGUCGAUGGCUUAAUAACUGUGUGGGGAGGAAAAACUACAAUAGCUUCAUAGCUCUCAUGGCCACUGGUCUCAUUUGGCUUGCAAUUGAAUGUGGAGUAGGUAUUGCUGUUCUUGUACUGUGUUUUGUCGAUAAGAAGGGCACAGAGACCAAUAUUAAGGAAAAGCUUGGCAAUGGAUUCUCUCGUGCUCCUUUUGCCGUUGUUGUGGCCAUGUCUACUGCACUAUCAUUGCUGGCAUGCGUACCUCUGGGCGAACUGUUCUUUUUCCAUAUGAUAUUGAUAAAAAAGGGAAUUACUACCUAUGAAUAUGUUGUCGCAAUGAGAGCAAUGAGUGAGGCUCCUCCUGCGUCAGGAGAUGAAGAAGAACCAAAUCCUCUUUAUUCCCCUACUAAUUCAGCAACAACCGGAUUAAGCAUUGGAAGUUCUCUUAACCCUCAGUAUAAAGGUGUAUGGUGCACACCGCCUCGGAUAUUUGUCGAUCAGCAGGAUGAAGUUAUCUCUCAUUUAGAACCCGGCAUGGUGCCCUCAACUGUUGAUCCUGAUGCAGCUGGGUAUGUAGAAAGAGCUAACAAAUCGAAGAAGAAUGUUAAGAUAAGUGCUUGGAAGCUCGCCAAGUUGGACACUAAUGAAGCGAUACGAGCAGCAGCCAAAGCCAGGGCAUCAUCUUCGGUCCUACGGCCCAUAGAUGCUCACCGUGCGUUUGACGCUGAAUAUAGUUCAAGCGGAAAGGCAAGUGUGCGCAGCAGCUUGAGCAUCGAUUACACUGUGACCAGAGAUUCCCGAAGCGAGGUGAAACUAUCUCCUUUAAGAAAAUCUAGCAUGCAAAGUGUUGCUAGCAGGGAAGAUUUCGAAACCAGUACACAAAGUGCAAGCAGCCUAAGCAGUCCUGCUCGUGCCCGCGAGUCUGCUGCUCCUGACAAUCGGAAUUUUCAACAACCACUUUGCAGCCAACCACCUCAGAUCGCUCCAAGGGUUCCUCCACCUAGCCAACUUACCAAUCCAGUGUUCCAAUCUGCUUCUUUGGGUGCUAGGGACCACAAGAGAACUUGUGUCGUUUGGGAUCAAGAAGCUGGCAGGUUUGUCUCGGUGCCUGCAUCUGCGGGAAGCAGCAGUGUCGACGUUCAUGCCAGAGCCUCUCGGAUUCCCCUUCCAAAUCGUUCUGUAGGAAAUGAUGCUUGCAGGCCUGUUGAACAAACUUCAAGCUCAACGAUGCCUCCACCAUCGCGACAAGAAAGAGUGAUGUUAACUGAACGAUCGAUCUUUUUCGGAGGGCCACUUGGAAAUUACCCUGAUAGAGAUACAGUGAGGAACGACAACAAUUCUGGUACUAACAUGGAACGUGGUGCAAUUAAUGUGGUAAGAGGGAACAAAGGGUAAAUAUUUUCAGUGUUUUUUUUCCUUACAGAAGAACUGUAGAUCUAACAGCUAGAAACUUUCUGCGUAUCCAUUCUGAAACAGUUGGUUUAUCGGGAAUCGUCCAUUCCGAUUCAAAA